AUGGGAUUCUCAUCCCGGUAUCUCCGCAUUCCGCGGCCAGAGGCCCCCAAGCUAAUCGACCGGGCUUCGCUGUCACAGUCCUUUCUCUAUGUGAUGAGCCUGGAGACGGGCGCGUCGUUGAUUACCCUUUCACUACUUCUGAACAAGAUCAGUGGUCUGUAUGGUCUCCUUGCCUUGCUGACUGGCUACCACCUGUCGCCGGUCCAACUGUCCAUGUACCUCUACUCUCUUGUCGCCCUCGCCCUCGCCGCUCUGCUCUUCCCACACAUCCGCAAACAGUCUCCGCUCGAGUGUCUCGCUCUUGCCUGGCUAUAUCUGCUGGACAGUCUCAUUAAUGCCGCCUAUACCGCCGCCUUCGGUGUGACCUGGUUCCUAGUCGUGUCCCAACACUACGAUAACGGCAAGGCCGCGGGCCCCGGAGGGGACACCAUCGCUCAAACUGCCGGCUUUACCAAUCCCAAGUAUGAUGCCGCCUAUGUUGAGAUUCAGAACACCAAGGAAGGUAACAACUUCAUCGCCCACCCGCCGCGGAGCGCCGACCCCCUCAGCAAUGCUGUCUACCAGCCCGAAAGCUUUCAAAGUAUCGUUUUCAUCUCACUCCUCUGGGCUAUGCGUGUCUAUUUUGUGCUUGUAAUGCUCGCUUUCGCUCGCCAAACUCUUCGCCUCUGGGUUGCGAUCCCUCGCCACACCCAGCUCCCGACCCACAGCCGCAACGUGUCGGUCGCAAGUGUUGCCGAUAUCGACCGCGAACCCUUCUCGCCAUACAGCCCCGAUGGACAAGGUUGGAAGGGCAAGGUAGGCCGUAUCAUGGUCACUGUCGGCCAUAGUUACUGGUUGGGUGAAGAGGAAGAUGGCAACUGGUUGAGCGGUAUCGGUCAAAAAUUCCGUAACCGCAGUAACAACACAGAGCUACCUGGCCCCCUAGAGCGUGAGCGUAGACGCCGCUCGGGAACUGGCCCCCCCUCAACCAUCCCAAUCGGUUGUCCGAAGUGGUGCUAUCCAACAAACCAUCCACGAGCAUGUGCCGGGAAUGAAUGUGAAGAUGCAAGACUGGAAUGA